UUUAAACACCACAAUUAAUUAAGGGCGAGUUUUAACAUAAGCGCGCAUUUGAUAAUGGAUACCAACCUAGCUAUAUCUCCAUAUCUGUAUAUAUAGAAGCUAAGCCUUCAGCUUGAUUACAUAAUCGAGAGCUAGAGAUAGAGUGAAAGGGAGAUCACAAAAAACAUGGAAGAAAUACGUGAGGCAGCUUUAGCUUACUACCAUAACUUGCCAGAGGAUCUACAGAAGCUGGCAUCUGCAAAAUUCAAAGAAAUUGAUUCAAAUGGUAAUGGAACAAUAAGCUUGAGGGAAUUCAAGAACAGUAUGCGAAGCUCUUUCGACAACGACUCCGUGAUCAUGAAGAGAAGCUUCAAGGAGCUGGACAAGAACGGAGACGGCAAGCUGGAUUUCAACGAAUACAUCACUCUUUACUAUCUUUUGGAGAGCGGUAGGCUGCUGAUUUAUUGUGCGGGAGAUGGAUGUGAGGACGACGCACCUUUUCUCAAGGGACACUAUUUCACCUGCGUCGACUGCUUCCACCAUAACGAAAAUGAAACUUUCGAUCUCUGCACCUCCUGCUACCGCAAUGGAAAAUUUGCUCAUGAACACACCAACUUUUUGGAUAAUCAUGUCUUACUUCGUUCCAAGGCUGCGUGUUGUGAUGAAGCCAUAUCUGAGCCAAGCUCUUCAGGGUCUGAUUCUGAGUCCAAUCAAGUUAGUCGAUCUGGUUCACAGAGAGAGCAAGUUAAUCGAUCUGGAUCAAAGAGGAGGGCAGUAUUUGGAGCAGUAAAAUCUGGAUUGAGCGUUGCGCAAGCAGUAGGAAGUGUUGCUUCUGAUGUUGCUUCGUGCAGCAUCAUGUGAACGAUCCACAUCUGUUUGUAACAGUUUCAUCGUAUUUUAAUAAUACGAAUGGGUGUUUUUCUUUAUUUAUCUCUGCUAGGGUUAAUACAAAAGCCUUCGUGUUUCAAUCAGCUUUCUUGCUAUGGCAAGCCUAGUUUUUGUACUUCUCAUAAGAUCAACCUCGUGUUUCUUUUUAAUUGAGUCGUCUUGUAACGACUGAAUAAAUCCCUUCACUUUUUGUAUGUUACUGCACCUCAGUAGUAUCAUCUUUUUACUGUUC